CACUUCAGGGGAACUGGGCCUCAGUCCGGCAAGUUGGGGCGCGUUUUGCCUUCCGGCGGCUCCGGACAGUGCCAGCGCGCCGCGGGAUCCACGCCACCAGCUCCAAGCCGCGCCCGCAGCGCUGUCCUCCCGCGUAGCACUUCCCCAGGCGACAAAACGACCCCAGGAGACUGCCCACCGUUUCUGAGGAGGGCCCGGCGCCAGCUAGCUGUCCCCACGCUCCACCCCAGCCCGGGAGCCGCCCCUCCAGGAGGAGCUGCGAGGUCAGACGGCGCUUGGACCUCGGCAGCCGCAGGUGCCCGCUCAGCCCAGCCCGGCGCUCGCCGCCGCCCCUGCGCCCGGGCAGCUAAGGCUUCCAGACCUCUUUUGAGCGAAGAUGACUAUUUCUGCCAGGAUUAUGUAACUGGAGGAUCCAGGUCUCAGCAGAUGACCAUGGGAGCCAACACUUCAAGCAAACCCCCAGUGUUUGAUGAAAAUGAAGAUGUCAACUUUGACCACUUUGAAAUUUUGCGAGCUAUUGGGAAAGGCAGUUUUGGGAAGGUCUGCAUUGUGCAGAAGAAUGACACCAAAAAGAUGUACGCAAUGAAAUACAUGAACAAACAGAAGUGUGUGGAGCGCAACGAAGUGAGAAAUGUUUUCAAGGAACUCCAGAUCAUGCAGGGCCUGGAGCAUCCUUUCCUGGUUAACUUGUGGUACUCCUUCCAAGAUGAGGAAGACAUGUUCAUGGUGGUGGACCUCCUGCUAGGUGGGGACCUGCGUUAUCACCUGCAACAGAAUGUCCGCUUCCAGGAAGUCACUGUGAAGCUCUUCAUCUGCGAGCUCGCCAUGGCCCUGGACUACCUGCAGAGCCAGCGCAUCAUUCACAGGGAUAUGAAGCCUGACAAUAUUUUGCUUGAUGAACACGGGCACGUGCACAUCACAGACUUCAACAUCGCCGCGAUGCUGCCCAGGGAGACGUGCCUCACCACCAUGGCUGGCACCAAGCCUUACAUGGCACCUGAGAUGUUCAACUCCAGAAGAGAAGCGGGCUAUUCCUUUGCUGUUGACUGGUGGUCCCUGGGAGUGACAGCAUAUGAGCUGCUGAGAGGCCGGCGACCAUAUCAUAUUCGCUCCAAUACUUCCAGCAAGGAAAUUGCACACAUGUUUGAGACAGCUAUCGUGACUUAUCCUUCUGCCUGGUCACAGGAGAUGGUGUCACUUCUUAAAAAGUUACUUGAACCUAAUCCAGACCAACGGUUUUCCCACUUGUCUGACGUUCAGAACUUCCCGUAUAUGAAUGAUAUGAACUGGGAUGCGGUUUUGCAGAAGAGGCUCCUUCCAGGUUUUAUUCCUAAUAAAGGCAGGCUGAAUUGCGACCCCACCUUUGAACUCGAGGAAAUGAUUUUGGAGGCCAAACCUCUUCACAAGAAAAAGAAGCGCCUGGCAAAGAAGGAGAAGGAGAUGAGGAAAUGUGAUUCCCCUCAGACAUGCCUUCUUCAAGAGCACCUUGAAUCUGUCCAAAAGGAGUUCAUAAUUUUCAACAGAGAAAAAGUAAAAAGGGACUUUAAUAAAAGACAAGCAAAUCUAGCCUUGGAACCAACCAAAGACCCACAAGAAGAGGAUGGCCAGAAUAACAACCUGUGAAGUCAACAUCUUUUUCUUGGGACAUUUCCUGGCACCUGGCCAGGAACUUCUGAUUUCCACAUCAGGAAGAGCUGACAGUAAUUCUUGCAUCUCCACACCUCACACACCUUAGAAACAAUGAAUGCAUAGCUUUGGAAAGAGGCAGAGUGAUACAAUGAAGAGAGUUCUCCGGGCUCCUGGGAGCUAGGUGCAUGACUAACCAACCAUGUGACUUUGAGCACGUCAUGUAACUACUUUCUCUGCUUCGGUUUAUUCAUCUAAUGUGAGGGUUAUACUAGGUGAGCUCUACUCUGCCUUUUUACUGCUACCAUUCUGGUUUUUUGACACAGCUUUUAUUUUUAUUUCAAAAGGAAUAUUCGGAUGUAGAUUUAUUUUUCCACUCCUUCUAAAUGACACUGUGACAAGUGGACAUAGGUGGGUGAUUGAGUGAGGUGUUUGGGGGGGUGAUUAAAUGAAGCUCUUCAGAGCUAUAAAACUUCAUAGAGAGGCCAGAAUCCCAAGCCUGACUGAAUAGGGAUAAGGAAUUCAGUCAGGAAGAAACGAAUGAGACCAAAUUAGAAGUAACACAGAUUUAGGAGGACCUUCCAGUGGUGUGCCAAAGUCCCCACACCAUGUCAGCUUGUACCAGCUAGCAAGAGCCUGCUGUGCACAUCUGUCCCAAUGCCCUGUACAGUGAUGGGAAAUUGGGAAGUCAAAAUUGGUAAUGAUGGGAGUCUUUACACCAUGGAAAUUGGCAAAGGCUACAAAUCAGGUCUUUUUGUGUCCCCUCCUAGCAAGCCAGCUGUUAAAUAGUUAUUAGCACACCACUUGCCUUCUUCUAGUAGUAUUCCUUGAGAGCUAGUUGUCCUCCUAAGAUUAUCCAAGACCUGUGUCUGGGCAGGAACAGAAAAGAAUAUUGUCACAUUAAAAGCAUGUGCAUCUUGUAGUACAGUGAAGUUGUGUCUUAAACGGGAGUUAUGGUAUAAGGUAGAAUAUGAGGUGAAUUUGGACAAUAUUAAAAUUUACAGUUGAAAAACCCCUUAAAUUAACCAUAACAUAUGAUGGGUAGCUUUUCUUAGUGGAGCGCGGUACAGUGAGCCGCCCUUCAACAAUGAAACAAGUCACGCUUUUUGGUUCAUUUUGAUAUUGUCUUUUAUUUCUAUUUUUUGGUCCCAUAUUUGGCUAAUAUCAGAUGAACUAAAAAGUUGAGAAAAUUGUACAUGCCUUUACAGACUAGAAUUUUACUUAGAACUUUGGGAUGCUGACAUAUCUGAGAGGUUUGAGGUCAUGGAACCACAGUACCAUGUCUCCCUGCCUUGUGCUUACCGGAGGAAUGGCAGCCAGAAUUGCCUACAAUUAUUUAAAAUAUUAUUGAUAUCUCACUCUUUAUUUAUUUGCCAAACACAAAAUUUAAUUCACCUAGGUGAGAUGUGUACAUGACUAACUCCACUCUCCUGAUACACAGAUCUUUGCAGGGGAACUAUUUUGGGGAACCUACAGAUGCCACUGAUUAGAGAAUCAAAAAGUGAAUAGCCUUGGUGUGGGACUGUUUUACCCUCCUGGCCACUCACAUCACCUAAGCCUUGUCCUUACUUAUGGAGAGUAUGGGCCUCACGAAGACUAUGGGAAGCUGGAAACAGGAGAGGCUAGACUGGCCUAUUUGGGAAACCAGACAAAUGGAAAUAGGCAGAAGUAACAGUUAUGGCCACAUGUUACACCAGACUUUUCCAGGAGAGAGUUUUCACUGGGGCAUCUCAGCAUGGGUAGAACACCAGUGCUGAGUUUUAACUCAGCAUUUACAGUUGUCUCCUCGCUAAGCCAAUAGGCCCAGAAUUCCUGGCAGGACUGUAAAACAGUACCUCUCUACUGUAAGAGCAACCAUAUUUUUGUUCAGAAUUAAAGUGAGCUCUUUUGUUCUGUUUGAUUCUUUUUCUCUACAUUCCCCACACAUUGUCUAUGCUGUUCUGCUUUUCACCAAGCACUAUAUAUUUUAAGUGCUUGCCCAGACUCAGUUUCACAGAGGGGAUGAGUUGACAAGAGCAACAAGAGAGUGACCAGGUUCUGCUCCAGGUUGUCACUUGCGUGUUUACCAACUUCCAUCUUUCAUUUGAUUUUGAUUCAAGCCUUGAUGUGCUAUGGACUUACCUCCCCAGUCACUGGUACCUCCUCAUGCUUGUGACCUUAUAUGUAUCAUCCCAAAGGAGAGACUUUGGGAUGCUUACCAAAGGGCAGUGGGAUUGGUAGGCUCUCCAUUGGGAUGAGAGCUGAUCAUUUGUGCCACUUCAUGUCUAUACAGAUUAUAACGGAAUGGGAACCCAAUGCAAUCUCUGUAGUUUGAAUCCCUAGUUUUUAUUUCCAGUGAGCUGCUUCUGUGCCUGAAGCACCUCUAUGGGCCUUCAGAAACCAUGGAUGCAUGGACUAAAGAGCACCACCUCAGAGGUAAGAUGGGUUUCCAGUCUUAAUCAGGCCACAGACCCAUAAUGUGUUUCCACUUAGAAAAAAAAAAGCAUUACAUCCAUCAGUGCGGAACAACUAAUUACAAACACCUCCCACCAUUACAUAUGUAAACAUUCGGACAAAAAAAAGUUUCCAAAAAAUAAAAGGAUACCUACAUCCUUACCAUGAUUGCUAGUCCUUGAAAUCAGAUCCUUUGGUUUUAUUUCAUAACUUGGGCUAAAAGUUUCCAUCCUACCAGGUAGAACAUAUCUCAUCUAGAUUUAUGACAACCAAGGCUCAGGGCUAAGAAAACAGGGUGACUAUUGCAUUUUUUUGUCUGGUAUUCCUGGAAUCCUUUUCUCCUAACAGCUUCCUCCGCUAUCUGUGUGGAAACCCUCAAGAGUCUGAGUUGGUUUUGAAGACCAGACGCCCCCUGGGUAUAACACUCUAGCAUUGCAGCGGGGCCACCCACCCCCAGUGCAUUCACAGUGACCUCUAGUGGAUGGGAGGGACAGCUGAGCCCUGUGACCCUGGCCACAACCCUAACUGUGAAAGUGAAUUGUCAGCUGCUAAUGGCUCACACACCUCGCUAACGGCUAACAGCACUGGUUUUAGCUAAGGUCAUUGCUAGGGCAGGACUGAAUGUCCAGCAGCAUAGAGCGCUGCUAAAUUAAUUAGGGUAAUUAAAUUAAUUCGUGGGUCAGCUUCUGAUAGGAAAGUUUUAACCAGAAAUGACUAGACUUUAUAUCACAGCUUUACUAGAUGGGAUGGACGAAUAAACAGCUAUGCAGAAAGAAUGGUCGUAUAGCUAGCAGGGACCAGUGUUGCUACUUUGGGUUGACGCAGUAACUCUGAGGCUUCAAUUCCUCAAAAGCUGAACUAAAAGGCAUGAAAAGCACAGUGAGUUUCAGUACCCCGUUGUCCUUGCAUUAUAUCUGCACAAAAUCCUGUUUCCUGCUCUGUCUCCUUGUGAUUACUGUUUCUUACGAGCUCAGUGUGUCUGCUGGUAAAUAUUGAUGUUAAAAUUGCAAACUUCAGUUGUCUGUGCUGUUGUAAACAGGCAGCCCUUGAAUGGGACACACGUGCUUCUGUUCAGCUGUAGCAUCUAUUAUGUGAAUGUGCUUGCGUGUAUUAAAAUGUCUUCUGUAUACAGUAAGCCACUGACCCUUCUUUGUCAGCUGUGUGUAACGGUUUCCCCUAGAGAGAGGGUUGUGGGUACCAAAAGUCACUUGUUCUUCCUUGCGUUUCCUGCUAUGAGGAGUGUCCAUUACCAGAUAAGCGGUGAUAGAGAUUGUCUUCUAUCAACUAUGGGAUAGAACACAAUUUAACGAAUGCCCAUGUAUAAAAACUAAAAACCUUACCCUUCUAGUAUUCACACCUUAGGAAACACGACACAGAAUUCCAGAUUUUGCUUUUCACUGUGGCUUUAAGUCUGCAGACAGCCCAUGCACCUCUUUUUUCAGCACUCUGCCUUCCGACCCCAACAUCUUCCUGUCCCAUUCCAUACACCGAAGCAGCAGGUGGAUCUUCCAGGCCCAUAAUCUGGGACAGGGAGGGAACAGCAGCUCUGAACUCUUACAGCUAGAAGCAACUUCUGCCUCAGGAGAGAAUACAGGGA